GCCACGUGACUCGCCAGUUAAGAGGCAGGCGCCCAGGCUCUUCCUAGCUAGCCUGAGAACGAACCCUCUUAGAAUUUUCGCUAUGUGUGCUGCUAGGCUGGCAGAGGCCGCUCAGGCCACUGUGUACUCCUUCUCCGCACGCCCGCUGGCUGGCGAGGAGCCGCUCAGUCUCGGCUCACUGCGGGGCAAGGUGCUGCUCAUCGAGAAUGUGGCAUCCCUCUGAGGCACCACGGUCCGGGACUUCACCCAGAUGAACGAGCUGCAGGCGCGCCUCGGGCCCAGGGGCCUGGUAGUGCUCGGCUUCCCGUGCAACCAGUUUGGACACCAGGAGAACGCAAAGAACGAAGAAAUUUUGAAUUUGCUCAAAUACGUCCGGCCAGGUGGUGGGUUCGAGCCCAACUUCACUCUCUUCGAGAAGUGCGAGGUGAAUGGGGCGAAGGCACAUCCGCUCUUCACCUUCCUUCGAGAGGCCCUGCCAGCGCCUAGUGACGACCCCACUGCGCUCAUGACCGACCCCAAGUUCAUCAUCUGGUCCCCAGUGUGCCGCAAUGAUGUGGCCUGGAAUUUUGAGAAGUUCCUGGUAGGCCCCGACGGUGUACCCGUGCGCAGGUACAGUCGUCGCUUUCCUACCAUCGACCUUGAGCCUGACAUCGAAGCCCUGCUGUCCUAGGGGCACGGCCCUGCAUAUGUCUCUCCUCCCGUCCUGGCUUGGCAGUUGCCAGCUGCUCUCCUGGAGGUUUGUCCAUGACGGUGUUUCCUCUCAACCUUCAGGAGGAACAUCCGAGUUCCAGGAAACCCCAAGAUGGGCA